GAGAUCAAAGUCUAACAUAACAAAACGUGAGUGCGCUUUCGGUUUUGGAAAUGGCGAUUCCUGUGAUGGAAGCUGUUCUGUUUGUGCUGUUUGUUUUAAUUAUAUCAGCGUUCAUAAUUGUGUACAAAUUUAAACUAUUUUACACAUUAACAAAGAAGGUUGAUCGCUCAUCUAAACGACAUGGUGGUGAGCUGGUGGCUCAAGUGCUUAAGAGUCAUGGGGUCAAAUAUAUAUUCACCCUAUGUGGCGGACAUAUAUCACCUAUUCUUGUAGCUAGUGAAGAUUUGGGGAUUAAAAUCAUUGAUACUCGGCAUGAGGUAAAUGCUGUCUUUGCUGCUGAUGCAGUUGCAAGACUUUCUGGUACAGUUGGUGUUGCUGCUGUUACUGCUGGUCCAGGACUUACAAACACAGUCACAGCUAUUAAAAAUGCACAAAUGGCAGAAUCUCCCGUGUUGUUAAUUGGAGGAGCAGCAGUAACCUUACUAAAAGGUCGUGGGGCAUUGCAAGAUAUAGAUCAAAUGUGUUUAUUUAAACCAUUAUGUAAAUUUACAGCUACAGUAUCUAGGGUAGCAGAAAUUAUCCCAACCCUGCAAAAAGCUCUACAAGUUGCGCAGUCUGGGACACCAGGACCGGUUUUUGUUGAAUUCCCAAUUGAUGUUUUAUACCCAUAUCAGUUGGUUCAUAGAGAGGCUGGCAUUAAGGAAAGUCCAAACGGAUUCAUGCCAAAAAUUGUUAACUGGUACAUCUCAAACAACGUGAAUGCUAUCUUUGCUGGUGCAUGGGAUGUUGUGUCAACGAAACCUCUAAGACCACAGCUACCGAUGCCUUCCAACGAAGAUGUUACGAAAGCUUGGAAUUUAUUGAAGUUUGCUAAGAAACCUGUGGCUCUUCUUGGAAGCCAAUCGACCCUUCCUCCCAUACCUGUGAACAAUCUGAGAGAAGCGCUUGAGGGAUUGGGGAUACCAUGUUUCCUUGGUGGUAUGUCACGUGGUUUGUUAGGUAGAAACAGUGCGCUUCAUAUCCGACAGAGACGGCGAGAUGCGUUGGCGGAAGCUGAUCUAGUUUUAUUGAUAGGCACUGUGUGCGACUUUCGGUUGAGUUACGGUCGUGUUUUGAACAAGAAAUCCAAAAUAAUAGCAGUUAAUCGAAACCGCGAACAAUUAUACAAAAAUUCUGAUAUCUUCUGGAAACCGACUAUAGCUUGCCUUGCUGACCCAGCCACGUUUGUCUGUGAGUUGCAUAAAGCGAAAAACAUGACGCCUGAUUGGACAGAUUGGGCGCAGAUUCUGAAAGAGAGAGAGAUUGCAAAAGAACAAGCCAACAAAAUGAAAGCUGAUGGGGAAACUGGAAGUCUCAUUAACCCAGUCAAGUUGUUGCACGAGCUGGAAAAUGCUUUGGAUGACAACAGUAUUAUAGUUGCAGACGGAGGUGAUUUUGUUGGAACUGCUGCGUAUAUAUUAAGGCCACGCGGUCCUUUGUGUUGGCUUGAUCCUGGUGCGUUUGGAACACUUGGCGUGGGUGGUGGAUUUGCACUAGGUGCGAAGCUAGUCCGACCUGAAGCAGAAGUGUGGAUAAUAUGGGGCGAUGGAUCGUCAGCUUAUAGUAUUGCAGAGUACGAUACCUAUAAACGGUUCAAGGUUCCUGUGAUUGGUUUGAUUGGAAAUGAUGCGUGUUGGUCACAAAUCGCAAGAGAGCAAGUGCCAUUGUUCGACAGCAGUGUGGGUUGUGAUUUGCUGCAUACCGACUACGACAAAGUUGUUGAAGGUUACGGCGGCGUCGGGUUAAAAAUCGACAACAGCGACGUCAAAACUGUUUACGAGACGUUUCAGAAAGCAAAAGAGUAUGCUGCUAGUGGUAAACCCGUGGUUAUUAAUGCAUUGAUUGGAAAAAGUGACUUCAGAGCUGGCUCAAUUUCGGUUUAAAUAUAAUCUUGCGAAUAUAAUUGGGCGUUCUGUUAAUCAUGCUACGUUAAAAUUGUUCUUAUUGGUUAAAUGCCCUAAUUUGAAAGAAACACAAAGAUUCGAGAAUUCUAAAUUAUCUUAAUCAAUUACUGCCAACUGAAUAGGAAAUUUUAAUUGCUUAAUUUUUUAAUAAAUAAAUUCUUUUUGAAAAAAAUUAUUAUUAAGAUUACAAAGAAAAUUUUUAAUGGUGAAGGCACAAAAAAUACCAAUCUAUCAAUUUCAAUGUUCCUCUCGCCAUAUUCGUUCGAAUUCAGAGUGUUUGAAUAAUUGUAGAAAGGUAAUACAUUUUUAUAAAUUUUUUAUUUUUUAUUUCUGACAAGCAUAUUUCUAUUCAGACCUAUUAUUUACGACUCCAGUCGAAAAGGGAUGAUUUUAAAUAAAUGAAUUCUGCUUUACUUAAACUUGAACAAAUAUUUUUUUAGAAAAAAAUUGUGAUUACACUUUACCUUUUCUCCAAAAUAAAUAAAGGGAAUUUCUGAUGAGAUUUAUCAUUUGAAUUAAUGUUUAAAAAGCAUUCUACUCGGUAUACACGAUUAACUUUUUAACGAUGUUCGAAUAAUAGAGAGAAAACGCCACAGGACAGACAAAAUCGUUCCAAAUAUUGAGAUGUUCGAAUUAAAGAGGUUGGAAUAAUAGGAAAUGACUUAUGAGAGUUUCUUGCGACAUUUUGCCUGCCAAAUAAAUCGUAGGAAUUACAGAGAUGUGGAGAGGAUACUAUAUAUGAAAAUAUAUAGUUGUGUAAUAUUGCAGAUUUUCGUGAGAUAUAUAAUAUAAUUAAUAUUUCGGAUUACAUCCGAGAUCUUAUUAAAA